CAUUCUUCGUAAGAUUUGGACUUAAACUCGAAAGUUUGCCUAGAAGAAACUUUUGAGGAGGCAGAAAGACGGGGUGAACUGCAGCAAAAGGCAGGCUUAGCCUUGCUUCUGAAACCCUAAUCCUCGAUGGCGCCGAAACGUGCCUCUCCUUUGGACGAACCACCGUCGGCCUCUUCUUCAUCCGAAGAAGAAGACGAAGCUUCGUCCGAAGUAGGUUCUUCAUCUGAAGAGGACGAUCAGCCUGCAAAACUUACACAACCCCCCUCUACUGAAAAGAAGCCCACUGCCAAAAAGCCUCCCCCUACUGCUCCAAUCGCAAAAUCUCAACCAAAAGGUUCAGUGUCGGAAUCUGAGACAGAAUCUGAUGCCGGAUCUGACUCCGAUGAUGAGCGCCCCAGUGAGAAUAAGGAUCUGAUUGUCAAGCCUAUCGCCUCCAAGCCUAAAGAAGAGACGGCUAAAGCCAAGAAGUCGAAAUCCCAGUCAUCCGUUUCACCGGCCAAGGCAGCGAACAAGCGACCGAGUGACAGCAAUCGGCCGGUUGCUGACUCAAAAAAGGCGAAGAAGGGGAAGGAUGCUGCCGGAAACGAUGAGAUACCGGCUGCAGAGGAUGAUGGUAAAAAAGCUGGGGAUGAGUCCAAGAAACUUUUCCAGAGACUGUGGAGUGAGGAUGAUGAGAUUGCGAUCCUCACGGGGUUAGCGGAAUAUGCAGCGAAGACAGGAGGAGCGGCGCUUAAGGAUAUUAAUGGAUUUCACGAUUUCAUAAAGAAGUCGGUCCAUGUGGAUGUUUCAAAUGAACAAUUAGCUAAUAAGAUUCGGACUUUGAAGAGAAAGUAUGUGAAGAAUGCUCAACGAGGAAAAAAUGAGGAAGGCCCUAGUUUUUCAAAACCAUACGAUAAGAAAGUCUUUGAAUUGUCAAAGAAGAUCUGGGCUGAUGAAGGAGCCAAUGGAGGAAUAGAGAUUACAAAGUCCAAUGGGAAAGUGAAGAAAAAUAUGAAGGAAGGUAGCAGCGUUGCCGCUUCUCAGAAGCCAGCGACUGAUCUGGUUUCAGACUCGAAAGAAGCUAGAAAGGUUGACAUUGAUCCGAAAGGAGGUUCGUGGCUGAGUUUAAGUGAAAUGAUUAGGUUCAACAAAAGUCUGGGCCUGUCAGGGUUGGAUGAUAAUGCUAUUAAGAGGGGAUAUGAACUGAUUGGAGCAUCCAAGAAGGCAGAGUUAGAAGAGAGGUGGAAGCAACUGCAAAUUGCAGAAUUGGAGCUGUUUGUGAAACGGGUUGAGCUUGUCAAGGACGAGGCUAGUUUGAUAUGGGAGGCAACUAAAUCUUCAGGCAAUUAGGAAUUCUGUUACUAUUAGCGUUUCAUCAUUUGUUUGGGGUUGGAUCAAUGCUAAUCAAUUGUGCUCUGCUGGCUCCAAGAGGGAGAAGUUCAACACCCAGAUCUCGAUCGGAAUAUAUUGUAAUUGUAAUAUCAGUAUGAAAUUAUGGGGGGGGAAAAAAGAAUCAAUAUAAAUACUGUUUUUGUACCCAAAUAAAAACUGUUCCACUUGCGCCCCACACCAAAGGCUGCGCACGACACCUAAUUAUUUACGUGUAUUUUUAAGUUUUUAAAACAUUUACCCAGAAAAAAA